AUGGUGCAGCACACGGACAACAGCGAGACGGACGGGAGCAUGUCCAGGGAGGCUACGGACUCGGAGGAGAGUGAAUUUAUGGCGUGCAGCCCCGUGGCGAUAAACCCGGACUGGUGCAAGACGGCCACCGGCCACAUCAAGAGACCCAUGAACGCGUUCAUGGUCUGGUCCAAGAUCGAGAGGAGAAAGAUCAUGGAGCAGUCGCCGGACAUGCACAACGCGGAGAUCUCCAAGCGCCUGGGGAAGAGGUGGAAGAUGCUGAAGGACAGCGAGAAGAUCCCGUUCAUCCGGGAAGCCGAGAGGCUGCGGCUAAAGCACAUGGCCGACUACCCCGACUACAAGUACAGACCCAAGAAAAAACCAAAGCUCGACAGUUCCAAAUCGUCGGCGCCGUCUCCGGAGAAGUGCGGCAAGAUGGGCAAGACGUCCAGCAAGAAGUGCUCCAAGAUCAAGACAAAGAGCGGCUCCAAGUCCUCCCACGGCUACGGGGGGGACGACUGCGUGUUCCCCAGCCUAAAAGUUACAAAGACUGUGAAGAUCGAGCUCACCGACGAGGACGACGACGACGACUACGAAGACGACUACCGGAUGGGGAUUAAGGCGGGGGAGGAGGAGCGCCUGAGGCCGUACAACGUCGCCAAAGUUCCCGCGAGCCCAACUUUGAGCUCCUCGGCGGAGUCCGAGGGUGCGAGCAUGUACGAAGAAGUGCGGAGCCACAACAGACUCUUUUACAACAUCAAAAACAUUUCCAAGCAGGGCGCAUUGCACACUGCUUCCGUCUCACCAGCAUCCUCCAGGUCGGUCUCCACAUCCUCCUCCUCCUCCUCUUCUUCCUCCUCUUCGUCCAGCAGCAGCAGCUCUUCCUCCGGCGAGGACGCGGACGAUUUGCUGUUUGACUUUAGUUUGAAUUUCGCUCCAAACGCCCCGGGCUCGGAGCUGGGCAACCCCAAUUCAGGAAACCUCUCCCUGUCUCUUGUGGAUAAGGACUUGGACUCUUUCAGUGAGGGCAGCCUGGGCUCUCACUUUGAAUUCCCAGACUACUGCACGCCAGAACUCAGCGAGAUGAUUGCCGGGGACUGGCUGGAGGCGAACUUUUCCGACCUGGUCUUCACAUACUGA